CAAACACCUCAACUUAAACUUGUUAGAAAUAUACUGUGAUUAUAUGCAAACAUCACAUGCCACAGAGAUGCUUCAUGUCACUCUGGCUCUCCUGUCCUUUUCUACAGCUCUGCUGCCUACUUCGGAAUCUGAAGAACAGAUUAUGAAGAUCGGGGAAGGCGAGAGCAUCACUUUUCACACAUCUGCACACAAGAAGAUUCAGUUUGAUGACCAGGUCCUUUGGUCAUAUGGUCAUCUGAAUCCAAACACUCUGAUAGCCCAGAUAUACCAGAGGGACAUAAAUACAGAGUUCAGUGAGAGAUUUAGGGACAGACUGCAGCUGGACAAAGAAAGAGGAUGUCUGACCAUCAGGAAUGCCACAGCCAUAGACUCAGGAAUCUAUCGCGUUGAAGUAACAGGUGGAGGGUUCUCAAACGUCACCUGUUUUCAGUGCGCAGUUUAUGCUCCAGUCCCCAAGCCUGUCUUGAGCACCAUACCAGGGAAUCAAUCAAUCAUCAGGCCAUCGGCUGUUUUAGUGGAGUGCUCUGUGGAGAAUGGGAGAGAGGUCACACUGUCCUGGCACCGAGGGAAUGAUCUGCUGAGCAAGACCAGCAGUCCAGACAUCAACAUCACUCUCAGGCUCCCCCUAGUGGUCCGACAGCAGGACAUCACUGUCUACACCUGCGUGGCUGCUAAUCCAGUCAACAACCAAACAGUGCCACUAAGUACAGAAGAGCUCCUUCUGCUACACAAAGGCUCUAAACAGUGUUCUCAUUGCUGCGAUGCCAUUGUGGUGCGCCUGGUCCUCUCUGCCCUGGUAACCGUGGUCAUGGCUGCCCUGCUGGUAGAGCACUUCAGAGGCAACAAAUCACAUGGAAUAGUCUGUUUGACUUAAGAAUUCAAAGGUGCUAAAUAAGAGUGCAAAUCGUUGCUCUAUAAAUCAAUUAUGAAGUAACACUGGCAUUGAUGUCUCCUGACAGGACAUAAAAACAUCAGUGCUCUCUGAUUACUGAAAAGGUCUUUAAACAUGCUCCCUGUGUACUUAUUUCUGUCUUUUAAAAUCAAUCAUAAACAACCUGGAGGGAAUACAGGGUUGUACUGGGACCAUUACUACUGGUAUGUUAGUAGCAGAGUGCAUCAUUGGUCUUGGUUUUGGGUCUACAAAACAAAACCAACAGGUUCUGUUAUCACUCACUUUUAUAAAUUCUCUGUUAUUGCUAUCACUUCUGAUGUAAAGCAUUGGU